CGUGUGCUCUGUUGUGUUUAAAGCUUGUAUUGUUAGCAGGUACAUCACACUACUACAUGAGAUAUUUAACGAAUUGACUUUACGUUUAGAUAAACCCGGAAGGCAUAUCACCGCUGUCAAGCAAAGCUAUCAUAUACAUUUUGCAUAAGUUAGUUAGCAUUUGUGCUUGUUAUAUAUUUGUAUACCAACUUGAACUCCAGUGUUGUUUUGUUAGGAGUCGCUAUCAACUUCCUUUAAAAACCCUCAGAGUCAAUUCGCAGGAGACAGGUUCCAGUGUUGCACCACUGCCGUUUACUCAUUAAGAAUCUCAUCAGGAAAAACUGUAUUUAAGAGUCGUUGGGAAAAAUUAUUAAAUUCUUGCGCUUUGCCAUCGCAAACUAACCAUGCACAAACGCUGAUACGACGAUAGCCAAGUAUUCAUGUUAUUCAAGCUGCUGAGUUAACAUUCUGAUUACAAGGCUUCUCCUGCAAUUUAAUUGCACUUUCAUAGUGUUGGUCAAGUCACAAGAGAGAGAUUUAAACACUAAUUGUCAACACUGAAGCAGCAGAGGCUGAGAUUCCCCGAAUUUUAUUUCCUACUUUGGGUCAAGCGCCAUAAAUACUGAAUCCUACAUUUCCCACAAUGCAACUCAAAGGAUUCUUUUCUGUUAGACCUUCCCUGCCUGGAUCCACUUCUGAGGAUGAAGCAACUGAAGUCACCUUCAUGGUGCCCAAGAAAGAAAUCAGCAUGGUGCCUGACAUGGGCAAGUGGAAACGAUCUCAAGCAUAUGCUGAUUACAUGGGCUUCAUUCUGACACUGAAUGAAGGUGUGAAAGGAAGUAAGCUCACAUGUCAGUAUAAAGUGUCUGAGACAGUGGAGAAGUUACUAGAUCUUUUAGGGACACUGGACCGAUGGAUAAACGAGACCCCUCCUGUUGAUCAACCAUCACGCUUUGGUAAUAAAGCCUACAGAAGCUGGUACGUCAAACUAGAUCAGGAAGCAGAGGCCUUGGUGUCAACAGUGAUCCCUGCUGACAAAUGUGCAGCAGCUCCAGAGAUCGCUGUCUAUCUGAAAGAGUCGGUGGGGAACCCCACCAGGAUAGACUAUGGAACAGGUCAUGAAGCUGCUUUUGCUGCGUUCCUCUGCUGUCUCUGUAAGGUUGGAGCUCUCAGAGUAGAUGAUCAGCUGGCUAUUGUUUUUAAGGUUUUUAACAGGUAUCUCUCAUUGAUGAGGAAGCUGCAGAAGACCUACAGAAUGGAGCCAGCUGGAAGCCAAGGUGUGUGGGGACUGGAUGACUUCCAGUUUCUGCCCUUCAUAUGGGGCAGCUCCCAGUUUGUAGAUCACCCAACACUGGAGCCUCGCCACUUCAUUGAUGAGAGGGUGGUUAACGAGCAUCACCAAGACUAUAUGUUUCUGGAGUGCAUCAAGUUCAUAAAUGAGAUGAAGACGGGUCCAUUUGCUGAACACUCUAACCAGCUGUGGAACAUCAGCGCUGUUCCUUCCUGGUCCAAAGUCAACCAGGGCCUGAUCAGAAUGUACAAGGCAGAGUGUUUGGAGAAGUUCCCUGUGAUCCAGCACUUCAAAUUCGGUAGCCUGCUGUCCAUCCAGCCAGUGAACCCAUGACUCUCAUGGAUGAAUGCCACGCACACAAUGGAAAGACCAAAAUCCCAACAGUUGGAACCUACAUUUCCCCCUUUUUUCUGGCAUCCUCACUUGCAAAUACAACAGUAGCAAAAAUCAACCACAUGUAGUCUGGCGUGUAUUCCCACAUGUGCACACGUGGUCAUUAAAGCUUAUAAGUCAUCCACAACAAAAUGCAGAGCAUGUUGUGGUUGUGAUUUUGGAGCAUCCUCUUUUUUAGAAGUGUGCUCAUUGAUGCUUAAUGCUUGAAUUUACCUCAAAGUUUGGAUCCUCAUGAGCAGUAGGCGCACUCACACUGAGUGAGAUGAUACAAAUAAGACUUUGUGUGACUCUUGCAAAUCUUUUGUCAUAGUUUCUUGUUCAGUUUUAGCUGCAUUAUUGGUUUGCUUUAAGGCCAAAUGUUUUAAUUUAGUUGCUAAUGUACCAGUAUUUUAAUUCCCCACUUCAUUUUUAUCAGUCCGGUUGUGGCAAACACUGUAAACAAACCAUACGUGAAUAAAUUCUUCUUGUUGUGUUGUGCAGCUUUUCUUCUCAGAAUUCUCAAGCCAAGUGGAAUAUUGUAGUUUUUUCCUCCAGAUUUGAACCCGUUUAAAAUGAUUCUGCACUGUUCAAUUUUGGAUGUGUUUCCAUUGGCAGGUUUUAAGGAUCACAUCAUGUGUUUCUUAAUUAAAUAAAAGAAAAGCUAUAUUUGUGUUAUUAGAUUGACCUGCCAAAUUUGAUUUAAUAAAUUCCUGUUUUCUCAUC